GCGGCAUUUGGACAAUCAGUUGACGUUGAAUGUUUCGUCUUGGCGGUCGCUUAAUUUAUCGCUGGCCAAAGUGAACCCACGGAUCCAGACAUUCAAAUAGCUGAGGCUUCUUCGAUUUCUGAAGAUUCGCUCCGGUCUGUUCUUUGGUUGCAUAGAUCGUUCGUACCGUUGUAUUUUUUUGUGGUGUGUCAUUGCCUAUUGAACGUAUAGCUGUGUCUGUGAUUAUGUGCAAAAGUGCCGAGAAGUUCUAAACGAAAUCAAAAGUCAGCAAGGAAACGAUCAACGAUCAGCGAUCCUCGACAGGAUGCACCUGCCACACCUGUUUCUUCUACUGGCCUUGGGCCUGCGCCUGCCCAGCCACAGCCUGGCCCUAGAUGGGGUGGUCCAGCCCACCUGCAGCCUGAAGGAUAACUGUAACCUGGGGGACAAUAUCCUGCGGCCAGCCGCCGGCCCCGGAUCGGACGGCGGGGACGCGUCUGCGGACAAGCUGGAGAGCAAGAUCGCCUCGAUAUUCGAGGAUAAGGUGAACUACAGCCUCAAGCUGUUCGCCGACGAUGCCGUCCUGGAGUACCAGGCGGGCAAUCUCAGCGAGCUCCACUCCGGCGCGCCCACCAACUUCACGCUCCACCAGCUGGAGCAGGCGACGUCUGUCCCCGAGCGGCAGGGGCAGCCCGACGACGAUGAUCAGAUGGAGGAGGAUGAACGCGCCUAUCUGCACAACAUUGGCAAGCGCUUCUUGGCUCUCACACAGCCAUUCGAUCCGGCCAGACAUCCAGAUGCUUCGACCCUGUGCCGCCGGCAAAUGCGCCAGUACCUGGACGCCUUGGACAACUUCGAUUUGUGGGCGUUGAAGAUGCACGACUCCAGCGGAAGAUUGAACUCCGGAAUACUGAACGGCAACAUCAACCAACCGGGCGACUUUGACCAGUGCCUGGCCAUCCAGCAGCGGAUGAGUAGCGGGGACCCCCUAAAGGAUGAGGAAACAGUUUUACGGGGACAGUACUGCCUGGCCUACGCGCAGCCAGUGCUGCCGCACAAGUCCAAGCGUCUGCAGACCUUCUUCAAGCUGAUCCAGUCGCAUGGCCCCUUCAAGAGCGAGUUCAAUGAUCCCGGCCACCGUGUGCCCCGCUACUCGCUUAUCAACUGGGGACUGUGCGUGCCGUCUGGCUGCUCCGCCCGUGAUGUGGAGUACACCGUGGCCGAGUACUUGAGCAACCAGACGGCGGCGACGGGCAUCAGCUUCAAUGUUCGCGUGGAGCAACAGAUGUGCCAGGUGCGCGAUCAGCAGCCUUGGGACCGGAACACCACAUGGGCAGUGCGCUUCUUUGUGCUCGUCCUGUCCGUAGCAAUCCUUGCCACUAUCUACGAUCGAUCUACCAAAAUGCAGCCGAAGCAGAAUGCCUGGUGUACGGCCUUCUCGCUGGAUAAGAACCUCCGCUGGCUGUUUAGCACCAACAGCGCACCAGGCGACAUUGAGGCGGUCCAUGGCAUUCGCUUCCUGAAUGCCAUCAUGCUGAUCUUCUCGCACAAGUCGAUGGCUAUGUUCUUCAAUCCCUACAACAACCGCACGGCCAUGUCCGAGAGUCUGGGCCAGCCGUGGACGGUGAUCGGGCGCGCCGCCUCCCUCUACACGGACCCCUUCUUGCUCUUCAGCGGCAUGCUCACCUCUUACUCGCUGUUCGGCCGGCUCAUGAAACGUCAGCCCAUCCGUCUCAAGAACGAGUACAUCAGCCGUCUGAUGCGUAUUGUCCCGCCUCUGGCUGCUCUGAUACUGUUCUGCACAUACGUGCUGCCGCUGUGGGGCUCGGGUCCUCAGUGGAACCUCGUGGUGGGUCACCAUGCCGACAUCUGCAAGAAGAACUGGUGGCGCAAUCUGCUCUUCAUCCACAACUACUUCGGCUUCAGCGAAAUGUGCCUGACGCACACGCACCACCUGGGCAUCGAUACCGAGCUCUUUGCCGUGGCGCCGAUCCUCAUCCUGGGCCUCUGGCGCUGGCCACGUCGUGGCCUCUUCACGCUGUUGCUGCUCUGCACGGUGGGAACGGCGGCUCGCUACUACACAACGAUCGUUAACCAGCUGUCCAACUAUAUCUACUUUGGCACCAACAUUCAGCGUCUGUUUCGCACCGCCGACUACAUGUACUCCUUCCCACCGCACCGCUCCACGGUAUAUAUCAUGGGCAUCCUGCUGGGCUAUGUUCUGCGCAAGUACCAGUCCGCAAAGUUGAGCAGCCUGCAACUGCGUCUUGGAUGGACGGCUGCUACGGUCUGUGUGCUGGCCUCGGUGCUCGGCCCCGCGCCCAUGGGCGACAUCAACUACGUGUACAACUCGACGCACGCAGCUAUCUAUGCGGCCUUCGCCCCGAUUGCCUGGUGUCUGUUCUUUUCCUGGAUCGUCUUUGUGUCGCACAAUGGCUAUACGAAUAAACUGACGAAGCUGUUUGCCUGGCGCGGAUUCCAGGUGUCCACAAAGCUGUCGUAUGCCAUCUACCUGACGCAGUUCCCCGUCUUCUUCUAUAACGUCGGCCGAAGGCGUCACAUUCAUCACUAUUACAACUUUGUUUCGAUCAUUCUCGACACCAACGAAUUCAUAUCGAUCUUCCUGGCCUCUGUGGCCCUGACGGUGCUCUUCGAUGCGCCUUUCCAAAACCUCAAGAAGCUGCUCAUCAAGCGGCCAUUCUCUAGCUCCGCCAACGGCACAGCGAAGGACAAGGCGCUCCCAACAAAAGCGAAUGACGAGUCAGCGACGUUCCUUUGUCUCUAUAUAUUGAGCCGCACGUUACAAAUGAAGCAUAUGAAUAUGAACGAGGAUCCAAGAAGCAAGGCUCCGUCCGGUGUGGCAGCUAUAUGA